CCGGAGGAUAGGAGCGGAAGGCGGAGGUAGAGAGGUGCAGAGUAGCCGGGUGUGGGUGAUGGUACCGAGGAGGGAGAGAGUGCGCUGCCUGCCGGAGCAGCGGAGCCGGAGUGUUACCGGAGAGCGGGCAGCAUCACCUUGAAACAUCAGAGAAUGCGAUGGACUUUGAAACUGCUGAAGGUAUCCAUGGCUGCCGAAAUGAGAUAAUGCACAAAAAGGACCUCAAUCUGCAGGAAGAAGAAAUCAACUCUGACGAUGACUUGUUGGAGGAUGGUCAGUCCAGACAAAAAGCAGAGAAGAGAAGAGCCAAGAAGAAGAGGCAGCGGGAACGGAAAAAGCUUGAGAAGAAAAAACAUCUAGAAGAAAAUGAGCAGGAGCCAGAGUGGGAUGUGAACAGCGCGUUUGUUGCCAACGCUGCCAGUCACAUAAGACCAAAGAGCAGGAAUAAACUUGACAAGAAGCACAGUGCUAACAAAGAGAAUGAGGAGAAGGUACAAGAGGAUGACGGCACCGACCUCUUGAUCCAGAGGGCCAGGCACCUUGCUGAACAAGGCAUUCAUUCAGUGAAAGACGGAAACUACACCAAAGCCAUUGAACUGUUUAGCGAAGCAAUCAGAUUAGAUCCUAAAGAUUACAGGUAUUUUGGAAACCGUUCCUAUUGCUACGAGCAGCUGGAGCUUUACCCCAAGGCCCUGGUGGACGCAGACGUUUCCAUACAGCUCUCGGCUGAUUAUCCUAAGGCCUAUUUCAGGAAAGGGCGUGCCCUGAAAGGAUGCAAUAGGUAUGCAGAAGCAGAAGAUGCCUUCACGAUGGUGUUAAAAUUGGAUGAAGCAUGCGAGGACGCUUUGAUAGAGAUUCAUACGUGUCAAGUAUUGCAGCUCAUGGAUCACGGUUUCACCCAGGGACAAAGCUUUCACUUGCUUGAAGAAUACGGAUCUGUCCCUGCUGUAAUGGAAGCGCCAAUUUCUGCUAAAGUCUUGCAGGAGAACAUGAAGCUGGAUGAGACUGGAGAAGAGGAGCUGCUCUUCCUAAAUGAAUUGUCAGAGACCCAGAGUUGUUCGCUGUGGGUGGGGAACAUAACGGACCAGAUAACAGAAAAGCAGCUGCGGGACCUGUUUAAAUGUUAUGGUGAAAUCGUUAGCAUUCGACUCCUUGUUGAAAGAUUUUGUGCGUUUGUUAACUUUACGUGCCCCCUUGCGACAGCCAGAGCACUGGAGGCAUUGCAGGGUAAAGAAGUAGAGAACACGCGGUUAUUGAUUCGAUACCCAGACAAGCCAAGACAAGCGGCUGCAGCAAACGCUAAGAAGAAAGCAGUCUCUAAAGCCAGCGAGUGUUUCUACUGGAGACUGAACAGCUGCAGUUAUGGUGACAAAUGCCGCUACCGCCACAUACCGGAGAACAAAGGCGUGGACCGCAAGCCUUGGAAAAGCUAAGGACGGAGACGAUGCAGGAGGACGUCAUGAAGUAGUGUGAUCCAAGUGCAAUUUAUUAAGGGAAAUGGACUGGAGAGACCUGUCUCUGCUUCUCGGAAGCCUUUUUAGGCGGUGGUCCGUCCAUCUCCCGUUUCCUGCUGUUGCGCGAGUCUUUUUUUGAUAAGGCGAGAGCUGUGGAUUGAAGCCUGCACUUUACUACUGGACCACGCAGUGGACAUCUGCCCGCACUGUGCCAACUGUUACAGACCCGAGGGACCUGUUACCGACCACAACAUGAAGGCCGGCCCUGACGCAGUAUUUUACGGGGGCGUGAAAUUGUGUAACUGAUGCAGUAGAGAGUGGGGCAGAUUUACUAAUCCUGUCUAAUAUUUAGACAGCCUACAGACGCUCCAAAUUUAUCACAGUGGCCGACCUACUGUGGUUGACCUACUUUGCGCCAAAAUUUCUGUUGCAUCUUAAGUCACGCCCCUUUCUGGGAAGCCACGCCUCCAGGUGAGCUAGGCCCUGUGGAGGAUUCUCUUUUGUUGCAUUUUCAAAACUUGAUGCAACAUUAUGUACCUGAAAGGAGCUCAAAUUAUGGCACUUUUUUUGCGAAAUAGCUCUAGGUGCAUAACAUUUUUAAAUUUAUUUUUACAUUGCUAUCCUUUAGGGCGCAUUCACAUGACCGUGCUGUGUUUUGCGGUCCGCAAAUUGGGGAUCCGCAAAAUAUGGAUGCUGCCCGUGUGUGUUCCGCAAUUUACGGAACGGGCGGCCCAUUAUAGAAAUGCCUAUUCAUGUCCGCGACUGCGGAAGUGAACGACGGACGCGGACAGCACACAGCGUGCUGUCCGCAUCUUUUGCAGCCCCGUUGACCUGAAUGGGUCUGCACCCGUUCUGCAAAAUUGCAAAACGGAUGCGGACCCAUUCAUACGGUCGUGUGAAUGAGCCCUUAAAGGGGAUCUCUGAAGCUGUAAACGGCUAUUUUAGGGUACUUUCACACUUACGUUUUUCUUUUCCGGCAUAGAGUUCCGUCCUAGGGGCUCUAUUCCAGAAAAGAACUGAUCAGGCAUAUCCCCAUGCAUUCUGAAUGGAGAGCA